AUGGCACCAGGAAAUAUUAGAGAGGAAACCAUUCCAAACCAUCAAAUUCAUACACUUUUGUUCGAUUUGGACAAUACUUUAUAUCCAAAGUCAUGUGGAUUGGCUGCUCAAGUAACAAGAAGAAUUACACAAUAUAUGUCAUCUAAAUUAAAUUUACCAGAGGAAGAAGUAGAUAAAAUUAGAGGACAUUAUUAUAAAACAUAUGGAUUAACUUUGAAAGGAUUAAUGAUGAACUAUCAGUGUUUCGAUGCCACCCUCGAGUAUCUCGAGAUGCUCGACUACAGCAAGCCACACCCACAAUCCUACCAGAUGGCAUUGAAGAAGGCUGGCACUGACGAUGCCAACGGUGUCGUCUUCUUUGACGACGUCGUCGAGAAUCUUGAAGGUGCCAAAAAAGCUGGAAUGAUUACGGUACUCGUUGGAGGUACUUCCGAUAGUCCUGCAGUAGACUAUUGCAUACAAGAGAUUCAUGAUCUCGUAAAGAUAUUCCCACAACUCAUAAGUUUACCACAAAUUCAAUCAUAG